AUGCUUGUGGUGUUCUCUGCAUUGGUUGCAGCCAGAGACUUGCAUCUUCCAGAAUACAAUCCAUUACAAUUGUUCAUUGCCUCAAAUCCUCAUGAAUGGUACGAUAAUAACGCUGAGAAGACGUUUGAGUUCGUUGAAAAGAAGAUCGCUAUCCCACUGUUCGCACGGCUCGUCUGGGGAGUGAAGACCGUGAAUUCGACAGCGAUGUUCCGAACAGAUGCUGUGACUCCACUGGAGUGA